AGUAAAGUUUGGUUGAGUAUUUAUUUUCAGAUAGCAGGAAGCUGAUGAUUUUAGUGGUGUCAAACAGUGAAACAGCUUGUUAAAACGUAAACAAUGGGACGUUUUAAGGUUUUGAUUGCCAAUCCUUUAGUACCCAGGAUUGCAAAUGAACUGUUGUCACAAACGUGUGAUGUUGUAACGGCUUCAUCAUACGACCGUGCAUCAAUUCUAAAAGAUUUGAAAGCGACAAAUGGUAUAGAUGGCUUAUUUUGGGCCACAAAGAAUCUUGUGGACAAAGAAAUACUUGACGCAGCAGGCCCCAAACUAAAAGUCGUGUCUACAAUGUCCGCUGGCUACGAUCAGAUAGUCACCGAGGAACUCAAAGCACGUGGAAUCAAACUAUCGAAUACACCCGGACUUGUAAAUGAUUCUGUAGCUGAUAUAGCUAUGCUAUUAGCCUUGACAGCUAGUAAGAGAUUUACUGAGGGACGACGACAUAUUGAACAGGGCACGUGGAUAAACUAUUUCAAUAGCCAUUGGAUGUUGGGGCAAGAUAUUCGCGGAUCCACUAUAGGAAUAAUAGGAUUGGGUGGUAUAGGGCAAACCAUAGCCAAAAGACUGAUAGGAUUUGAUGUGGCUAAAAUUUUGUAUACUGGAAAUAGGGAAAAAGCUGAAGGUAAAAAAAUUGGUGCUGAAUUUGUAAAUUUGGACAAAUUAACCAAGGAGAGCGAUUUUAUUUUUCUCGCGGCGCCAUUGACUAAUGACACGCAUCACAUGUGCAACACUGAUUUUUUUGGAAAAAUGAAAAAAACUGGAAUUUUAGUUAACGUUAGUCGAGGAUUGUUGGUCGAUCAACAAGCCCUAAUAAAAGCAUUGAAGGAAGGCCAAAUUUUCGCUGCAGGUCUCGAUGUCAUGUAUCCGGAACCUCUAAAUACCGACAGCGAAUUGCUGAAUCUACCGAAUGUUGUCUUGACUCCACAUCUUGGCAGUGCAACUAAAAACACACGAGAUGCCAUGGCCGAAUUAACUGCUCGAAAUAUUCUUAGAGCGUUGGCUGGGGAAGAAUUGCUAACCCCAGUUGAACUUUAAUAAUUUAUGAUAUACUUUAUGGAAAGAUUUCCAAAAUAAAUCCCAUUGCUAUUUUUCAAAGUUUCCAAAUAUAUAUCACUAAAUCUGAUCGCUUUACUGUCCAAUUCAAAACACUUUUCCAUCCGCGUUGAGAGCCGCUUAUAUACCAUUCCAAGCCUCUAAUUUUCUAGAUAAUUCUCCACUAGACUAGUAAAACGCCUAUAUUUUUAUUUUAUCUGAGGUCAUUUCGCCAUUAUUUUCACCAUUUCUUGAACAGGUAGGUAACCAUUUUAUCAACAAAAAAAUAAAACUAUAAAAUACAAAAUACGUGCUGAAGCAACAUUAAAGCUUGGCCUUCAGUCACUAAAAAAGCCCCAUUACCCCUCAUGUUCAAAAACCUGAAUAGGUAGUGCAUGUUAACCUGUGCUUAUGUGUAUAAACGUAUAAUAUCCAUACACUGAAAUUAAUAAUAAAUCGCUUGAGAAUACAUAUUAAAAUAAAUGAAUAAAACUUGACACGAUAUCACCACACCUUUAUUUUUCAAAGGAGCCAUUCUUUUUUUUGUUCGAGACCAUUGCAGAGGACAAAUAAUUAAUUAAAACGACCCAGCAGGUAGAGAUAUUAUGGGUUGAAUGUGCACACACAGGCAGGAUUUAUGGGCUGUAGUUUACAAGUCAAAACCCAUAACACUAUUUAACAUGGAACUAAUUAAGGAUUUUUCCAGUUUACUUGGAACCGUGUAAUUAGUGUAAAAAUAAAUUAGAUACAAGUAUGUGCACAACAGCGAAAUUGAAGUAAUUGGAAUAUUCGAAUAUUGGCUUUAGUAAACUUUGGUAAAGUUCAUUAUACUGAUGAAAAACAAAUAAAAUUAUUGAAAAAUUUCCUCCAGUAUUGUGUUUUGAUAAAAAAAGACGCGGUGAAUAAUAAUUAGAAAUUAGAUGUAUGAUGGAUUUUUAACAUUAACUUCAAAAUGGGGCAAGAUAUCAAAAUGCGGCUUACACACUUGAAGUUUACAUAAAAAUUCCAGGAUUUCAUGGUCUAGCGACGUCAAUAAGGG